CCGAAACAACACAACUUAGAAUAUGUACAGGAACAAUACAUCACGGUAGACUGCUGUGUACCUAGUACAGGCUACACUAAACUAUUUUGGGAUUGCCUAGAAGCCUGCGAAUUUUAACGCCGUAAUUGCGCCAAUGACUGUGAUUGGUAAUUGAGAGCUGUUCGGACUAAGUGGGAUUAGGGCGAAUUCAGGUGUUCAGAAACUAGUAAACACUGUCAAGCGCUCCAAAAUGGAAUCUGCAGCUACUGCUCGACCAGCAAUAAAAAACAGAGGCACCAAUUCUCCUCCCUCAAUUCCUGGAAGCCCACCAUUAACACGGGCUAGGGCCAGUGAAGGAAGAUCACCUGUACGAAGAGAUAAACAAGAGGCGAGAAGGCUAGAUGAUGAGGAGAGUGAUGAAGAAUUUGACAUCAGCCAUCCCAAAGAUGAAAUUGACCGAGCUGCCCACCAUAGUUCAUCAGGAGUUUAUCCAGAUAUUUCAUCCUUAUCAUCGAAGGAGUCAGACACAGAGUGUCUGCCUGGAAGUAGCCCCAGUUUCCAGAGGCAUAACAGAUCACAUGAAGAAUACCAUGUAACUAAUCGCACAAAGUGCAUUGGUAAAAAUUGCCCUGUAGGAACCAGAAAAGGCCCUCUUACUCCUGAAAAGGGGAGCCCUGGUAGGAAAGUAUAUCCUGACUUGAGGCCACAAGAUAGGAAAAAGGGAAGAGUCAUGCCUCUUCUUUAUAUUGGAUUUAUAGCAUUGAUUAUCGUUUGCGUUUUAACAUUCUAUGACUCUCUGAAAAAUCUUGAAGAGAUCCCAAGUUCAGAACCAUAUGUAAAGCCUAUUGAGAAAGUGUAUAGUGACAUUAAAGAGGAGUUAAAGACAAUCAAUUCAGAAUUUACACAGACAAGGCAGUUUUGGGUUCAGCUAAUAGGACAAUUAGAAACAAUCAUGAGAGAGAGUCCAGUGCAACCAGCUGUAGUACUUUCUGUGGUUCCUGAAGGGGCAGAACGAACAGCUGUGUGCCUUCUUCAUAGGAUUAGCCAAGCAAUUAGCGAUGGAUUUGAAGACCGUAGGUUUAUCAUGUAUGAUGUGAAAAGUGAAGUGCACAAAGGCCAUCUACAUCUAAAGACAGAUCUAUAUGAGAAUUUACUGAGACUGGAAAGUGCUCAUGCAGCAAUAGUUCACAACGUGGAAAAAAUACCCGGAGAAGCAGCUAUGACUUUUCAUGCAUUCUGUGAUAAUGAAAAUGCUCCAUUUAAACAGGCAGUGAUCAUCUUGGUGAUACAUAUUCCUGGAAAGUAUGAAAACUUAUCAUGGGAACGGUUGGAAAAUACAAUUGAUGAUUACUUGAUGGGAAUAUGGGGAGAGCAGCUGCAAGAAAAAGAUGUGUCGGCUAUUGUGUCCCGGGUAGCCAAUGCUCCGGUGCUAAUCAAACCUGAGUCCGCCGAAAGACUAAAUUAUGCUUGUGAAAGCUUAUGAAGUGUUUUCAUGUCUUUUUUUAUUGUGUAUAAGAUAAAGGAAGAGUAUA